UUUUCUCGUCACAAUAAAAACAUUUCAUGAAUUUGUAUGCCUAUAAAUAGCCAUACAUAAACUUCUUAUUUUUCCACACCAUUUUAAAUGAUAUUCACCUGAUUUCUAUUCCGAAAAGCUCAAUUCCCAGCUUAUACCCCAACUUUUUUCCUCUGAAUAGCCACGCAUAAAUAACCUCCUUGUUGAUUGCUCUUUUCUCAAUAUUAGUUUCUAAUUUUACCUUCAAGAAUAUAUCCAUAAGUUGUUAUGGAGAAUUAUGCAGGUGAUGGCAAAUAUGAAGAGGAAUAUGUAGUAAAUACGCGCGGAGUUAAACUUUUCACAUGUCGGUGGUUGCCUGAAAAAGUCGAGCCGAGAGCUUUGAUCUUCUUGUGCCAUGGAUAUGCCAUGGAAUGUAGCAUCUCCAUGAGAGAUUGCGCGACUCGACUGGUUAAGGCAGGAUACGAAGUUCAUGGCAUCGAUUGCGAAGGCCAUGGAAAAUCUUCCGGGCUACAAGGUUUAGUUUCGAGCUUCGAUGAUCUUGUUGACGAUCUUUCCGAACAUUUCACCAAUAUUUGUGAAAGGAGGGAGAACAAGAAGAAGAUGAGAAUAAUAAUGGGAGAGUCAAUGGGAGGUGCCAUGGCCUUACGUUUACAUAGAAAAAAGCCUGAAUAUUGGGAUGGGGCAAUUCUCGUGGCUCCCAUGUGUAAGAUUGCUGAGGAGAUGAGACCUCAUCCAAUGGCAAUAAAAUUAUUGCCAUUUUUGACUCGAAUAAUCCCUACAUGGAAAAUUACACCAACUCCAGAUAUAGUUGACAAUGCCUUCAGGGACCCUCAUGUGAGAGAAGAGGUUAGGUCCAAUCCAUACACACACAAAGGCCGACCACGCUUGCAAACUAGCCACCAACUAUAUCUUGCAAGCUUGGAUUUAGAAAAAAGAUUGCAUGAGGUUUCAUUGCCGUUUAUCGUUUUGCAUGGAGAAGAAGAUAAAGUUACAGACCCGUCUGUGAGCAAGCUCUUGUAUGAGUCGGCUUGUACCAUCGACAAAACCCUUAAGUUGUACCCUCAAAUGUGGCACUCUUUGUCCUAUGGCGAGUUGCCGGAAAACCUAAACAUCGUGUUUUCUGACAUCCUUGAAUGGUUAGAACAUAGGGUUUUUGCAUAUGAUGCUAAAUUGGAGGAGCAUAAAAAGCUCGCUAACGAUAGAGACGUGUCGAAAACAUAAAUCCCUGAUUGGGGAAAGAAACUCGUGCUCCUCGUACUUUGUUUUGCAAGAAUAAUAAUAAGUUUAUGAUGACUUUAUUCGACGAGCUAAAAAAGUCCUGUUGAAAUUGCAACUUUGUUGAAUGGGCUAAAUUUUCAUUUUUAAUACACGGUGUUGGUAAUUUUUCGAAAAACGUUCAAUCAGAUAGAG